CUUUUCCUCGGGUACUCAAGUCAGUUCACACGAGCUCGUUUCUACCUGAGUUUUACCGGAAGCUUUAAAGAUGCGCGAGGCGUGUUUUAGAAAAGUUUACUUCCUGUAUUUGCUCUUCUGGUGUCUCACCGGGUUUUAUUCUCAUGUUGAGUGUUAUCCACUGAUGGACUGUGGAGAAGAUGGAAACUACAGACAGGGUACAGUUGUGCAGAGCUCUAUGUGUGGACUCAUGUGGGGAGACCAGAACAAGGAGCAGAUUCAGAACGUCUUUAAACGGUUCUUGUUUCACUACUCGAAGGCCCGGAAUUCAGUUGGCACUGUAGCAAGAGAGUCUCACUCCGUCCACCCGUUGAUGCGUCUUUCACCUAAGUUUACUCUUCGAAGGAAGAAACAGCAGAUUUUGCCUAUUUGACUGGAUAUUCACUGGGAUGAUAACUUCAGGUGGACUGUAAAAUCACACCCAAUUCUGUAAAUAAAUUCAAUCUCAUGUGUUUGAGUUCUCUCUUGCUCUCUCACAGCCACUUGUGUGUGUAGGCUACUACACUUGUCAGGGUGUAAAAGCUGCAUGCUAAUAUCAGUCCAUCUAAUAUUACA